AUGGAGUGUCUGUACGGUCGCAUAUCGUACGCAUCAUGGCGAUUACGACAAUUCCGGCAAUUGGUCAACAGCACGCGAGGCCCAAUUGCUCUUUCGCAUCACCGCAUCCGCCGCACCUUAUCCACCUCCGCCGACGAGCCUCAACCGCCGCAACCCCACGAUACCCCGUCCGCUCCUCCUAAUGAGACCCCGUCUGAAUCUCUCGACAAGAGGCCCUCCGAAUCCUCCCCACCGCCUUCCUCCCUCCUCCCCAAAUCUCCCUUGCUCACCGACCCCAAACCAGCCAACCGUCAGCGCUUGCACAAGAAGAAAGCCCGCAGCAAGAAUCGAGUCUACUCGGACCCAGACCAUGACCUCACGAAGAACCCCUGGGCCGUCGCCCUCGCCAGCCCAGUCCGCUACUGCUCCCUGACCGGGUACCGCAUGCCUACGGAGUUCCUGAACAACUGGGGUCUGGACGAACAUCCCGAGGGGAGUCUAUUCCUCCAUCCUACUGCUCUCCUGCCAGCCCCAUCCGUACCUGUGCCUGGCUCAUCAUCACCAUCGGCCUCAUCGUCACCAUCAUCACCCUCCUCGCCAUCACCCCCACAACUCCCUCCCACCCCGCGAACCGCACCCGCAAUCAAAAACCUCCGAGCCUGGAUCGUCAACCGCCUGCCCCUUCUCACGCACAUCACAGAGACACUGAGUGCCAAAACAGCACGCAUCCCAGCCAUCACGCACGCGUUCCCACUACGCUGGAAGCCGCCACUAGGACCGCUAACAGAGCCGCUGUUAGCGCGCUGCGUCUGGCGCCAGGAUAUGCCGCAGUUCCUGACGCGGAUGAUGCGACGACAGGUGGGCGGGCGGUUGCGCAAGGCCGCCUCGCAGACGAAUGACUCGGCGGCGAGGCAGGUGUGGACGCCGCUGCUGCGUGAGGGGUGCGACCUCACGGAAAAGGCGCUGGUGGAUGCGUUGAACAAGAUGGAGCCGAUUGUGCGGAUGCGCGUCGGCGCGGUGUUGGUCUUGCGACCGAUGACGAGUGAGCCCGAGCCAGGGCUGCCGCUGACGAGUUUCUUUCAUCUGCCGCAGACGGGUUCGAAGGUGCCUGUGUUUGAUGUCACUCGGUUGUUGGACGGGGAGGAUCUGGCGUGUGCGAAGCUGGAGGGGCAGGCGGCUGUGUUCUUUCGGCCGGAUGAUCGGCCUACUGUUGAUGCGAUGCUGGGGUUGUGGAAGCUUGCGGGGCUGUUGCGUGAGGAUCCUUAUUGGGAUCCGAUGCCUGAUUCCUCGUGA